AUGGACACCCUAUUGCCUGAAGUACCGUUGUUGAAAAUCUUCUCCUUCCUGGAUGCGUUCAGCUUGCUGCAGGUUUGCCAAGUGAACAAGUACUGGAAUAAGGUUGCAGAGAAUGACCACCUGUGGAGAAACCUGUGUCUAGAGAAGUGGAGCUUUUGCCACUUCUCCUAUCAGUGCCUGGGUGCGCCAACGUGGAAGCACUUCUUUCUCAGCCAGAGGAAACGCGAGCGUCGGAUGGCGUUGGCUCAGCCAGAGGACUUUCUCUACAGGGAAGCGGCGGGCAACCUCGGAAUUUUGGAACCUAUGGCUUAUCUCUCAGGAAGUAGCCUCCAAAUGAAUGGACGAGAGAAGUCAGUCCUUUGCACGGUGUCUUCAAAGCGCAUGCUUUAUGCCUGGGACGUGCAGGAGGGCAUUAUGAUCUGGUCAAGCCCAGUCCAGCGAUCCAGCAUCAGGCUUCUGGAGACCCUCCCUCAGAUGCAUCUUGCAUUCACCGUGGACUUGGAGGGAACUGUCAAAGUGUGGAAUUGCCGGGAUGAGGAUGCUCUGGCGACGCUCACCGUGCCUAAGGCCUGUUUUUCCUUGGAAGCCUUUCUCACAAAGGAUGGCCCAUUCCUGAUGGUAGGCAAUUCUGAAGGUGACAUCUACACAUUGACAGUGCCGGAGUUAAGGAGCGUUUCUAAAGUUAAUGCCUUUAAGUACAGUGUGGAUCUGCUACAUGGCUCUCCCAACAAGCGAUGGGUCUUUGCCUCUGGGGCACAUCAACACAUCUUGCCAAAGGUAUUUUAUGCGGAGUGCUUACUGAGACCGUCAGAAGGCAAAAUCCCUCUGUCUGUCUCUCUCCCGUUUUCAUCGUGCUGCAGAGCCAGCUGGGCCCCGAAGAGGUACAACAGGAUAACGCUGAUGUUUCGAAGAGCCUCUUUCAGAAAGACAGGCUUCACCACUUUCGAUCUGACCAUUGAGAGGAUUGGGGGUGAAACGGUCGUCCAAGCACAUCAGGUCGCAAGUUUCCUGUUGCCAGUUCAUAUGGAGAGUCCUAUUUGGAUGGGAGUCAGCGAUGCAAAUAUGAUUAUUUUUGAGAGUGGGUCACGCCUGUUUCUCUUCACCAUCAAUGGUCUCCUGUUGCAACAAUUUGACGACCACCAGAGAUCCAUCUGCAACUUAUGGGUGGAUUCUCUCCAUGUCCUCACCACAUCCAUGGAUAACUAUUUGCAUAUGUACAUGUGGGAAGAGGAAGGUCGUUAUCCAUAUCUCAAAAGCUGUUGUCACCUAGAACACAGAAGGGACGAUUCUACACCAAGCUGCUAUGUCUCCAAAGCAUUAUGUGAUAACGUGAGCAUAGUAUGCGUGGUGUCAAGAAGUCGUGAAUCCAGCAUUCUGGUGAUGUAUUCUUUGAAUAUGUAA